AGCUCGCAGGCAGAGAUGAAAAAGGCGGCAAGAGCGUAAAGGGGGAUAAGAAAAGCUCGCGUGCACCAGUCGACCGGUGUCGUUCGUCAGGCGAUGAUCGGUGCUUCUCCGUGACUGUUUCUCUCCAGCUUUUCUUUCUCUCUUUCUGUAAUUUAGCAGAAGUGUCGCAUUAAUCCUCUGAACAAGGACUCAGAAAGAUCAAAUCUCGCCUCUCACUGGGAUUUUGCCGCAUUUCUGCCGGUUUCCCCUCAGCAUCUUCUCUGCUGUGCGUCUAACCACCGGUCGCGUCAGAAACUGAAUGUGUCUUGCUGUAUGUUGUAAUUUGUUAUCAUGACCACAGCAAAGGAGGCAAAUAUAUCGACCAAAGCAGCUCAACCGCAGGACCAGGAGCUGGUGGGAAGUAACCCUUCGCAGAGGAACUGGAAGGGAAUAGCGAUCGCACUGCUUGUUAUUCUGGUCAUUUGCUCUAUGAUCGUCACCUCCGUCAUUCUGCUGACUCCAGGUGAGGAUGAUAGCCUGGCCUUUAAGGGGAAAGUGACAGUUGAAGAAAUCUUCAAGAAAGACUUCAAGGUUCAUGACCCAAAUGCUAAGUGGAUCAACGGUAAUGAGCUCCUGUAUCGCACCCGUGAUGGUGACGUGGUCCGCUUUAACAUGGAGACCAAUGAGAGCACAAUCCUGGUCACAAACAGGAAGUUUGAAAUGUACAAAGCCAGCAAGUAUGAAAUUUCUCCAGAUAUGAAACUCGUUCUGCUGGCCUACAAUGUCCAGCCGGUUUACAAGCACUCGUUCACUGCGGACUACAUCAUUUGCAGUCUGGAAAAUCCGGAAACAUGGAUCCUGAACCCUCCAGAAGUGAGGAACGCUCAUCUGCAGUACGCAGGAUGGGGGCCACAAGGCCAGCAGCUGAUUUUUAUAUUUGAGAAUAACAUUUACUACCGAGCCACUGUGGGGAACAGAUCCAUUCGGCUGGUUUCUACUGGAAAGGAGGGUGUGAUAUUUAAUGGCCUGAGCGACUGGCUGUAUGAAGCGGAGAUCUUCAAGUCCCAUAUUGCCCACUGGUGGUCUCCAGAUGGAGCCCGGCUCGCAUACGCAACCAUAAAUGACACCCUUGUGCCCAAAAUGGAGAUCCCGAUGUUCACUGGCUCUGUCUACCCCAUGUCCAGACAAUACCACUACCCUAAAGCAGGAGAAGAAAAUCCGGUCAUCUCGCUAUACGUUGUGAAUCUCAAUGGUCCUUUGCACACUAUUGAGAUGAGAAGGCCAGAGGACCAGAGAAUAGGAGAGUACUAUGUGGCAAUGGUAAAAUGGGCCACCAGUACUAAACUGGCUGUGAACUGGUUGAACCGAGCCCAGAAUAUCUCCAUCCUGACUCUCUGUGAAGCCACAACAGGUGUUUGCACCAAGAAACAUGAGGAUGAGAGUGAGGGUUGGCUACACAGACAGAAUGAAGAACCGCUGUUCUCUAAAGAUGGACUCAGGCUGUUCUUCACCAGAGCAAUACCACAGGGAGGACGAGGGAAGUUCUUUCACAUCUCAAUGUCUAUCUCACAGGCCAACAGCAGCACAGAUACUCUACAGUCUAUAACAUCUGGAGACUGGGAUGUCACACAAGUUCUGGCCUAUGAUGAGGACAGCCAGUUAAUAUAUUUCCUGAGCACAGAGGACAACCCUAAAAGAAGACAUCUGUACAGCGCAGACACGGUCGGCACCUUCAACCGCCGCUGUCUGUCCUGUGAUUUCACUGACAGCUGUGGGUACGUCACCGGCUCCUUCAGUCACAACAUGGACUACUUUCUGCUCAACUGUAAAGGUCCUGGAGUCCCAUUUGUGUCAGUAUACAGCACCCACGACAAACAGAAGGUGUGUGACAUUGAAUUAAAUCUGAACUUGAGGAGAACAGUGGACUCGAUGCAGAUGCCGAGAGUGGAAUACAGGAAGAUAAACAUAGAGGAUUACAGCCUCAGUAUGCAGAUCCUCAAACCUGCAGGCUUCGUAGACACAUCACAGUACCCACUUCUGCUUCUUGUAGAUGGUACUCCGGGCAGUCAGUCGGUUUCAGAGCAAUUCCACAUUGACUGGGCGUCAGUGCUGGUCAGCAGUUUUGGAGUGGUAGCUGUGCGCUUCGACGGCCGUGGAAGUGGCUUUCAAGGGACCAACUUUCUCCAUAAGGUGCAGCGCAGGCUGGGGAUGUUCGAGGAGAAAGACCAGCUGGAGGCUCUCAGUGUUAUGCUACAGGAGCCCUACAUUGACAAGAGCAGAAUUGGAGCUUUCGGGCAGGUGUAUGGAGGUUACAUUACCAGUCUUCUGCUUAGCGCUGAAGAAUCCGUGCUCAAGUGUGCUGCAGUUCUCUCACCUAUCACAGACUUUGCACUUUAUGCUUCAGCUUUCUCUGAGAGAUAUCUGGGUCCUCCUAAGCCAGAUCGAAGGGCAUACGAGAUGGCCAACCUUGCGUACAGAGCGUCUCAGUUCAUCGAUAAGAAGUUUUUAAUCAUUCAUCCAACUGCAGAUGAAAAAGUCCACUUUCAGCACACAGCCAAAUUCAUCGCCAGAUUAAUAAGUGAGAGAGCAAAUUAUACACUGCAGAUCUACCCAGAUGAAGCUCACUUCAUUCACAACGAGGGAACGCGGCAGCACCUCAGUCAGUCGCUGGUCAACUUCUUCGAGGAGUGUUUCAGACUCCCAGACCGAGUGUUUGAGGAGGCACUAGAGGAGGAGAGCGAAGAAGAGGGUUAGUACACCCGACCGUGUCAUAUCCGAGCACAAAGCCAGCUCCUUUUGCUACAUAAUAUGCAACCCAUAGAUUUCAGCCGUCCUUCAGUUUCCUUCUCAACGGUCCCUCCGCACCUCCGGUGUAGCAUGCUGACUCUGAGACUGCCCUGCCUCAUGCUCUUGCUCCUCAUACGCUCUCUCCAUCCACGAACCGCCACACGGCGUGGCACGUGGCCGGCGCCACGCCAUCUCUCUCGACCCGGCAGGCCAGUUAUGAGCUCACGAGGAGGUUAUGAAGAAGACGCAGUCUCCGAUCUGUCCAUCACGUUGACGGAUGAGAUGCUGUGAUAUUAACCCGGUGCUGAGUGUGAUGGGCUUUGAAUCCCAAUAAGCUGUGAAACUCACAGGAGACUCGAGGCUUAACCGCACAAUACCUGGAGUUGAAACAGCAGGACGGAUGGGUCAUUUGGUGUUUGUUUCAAAUAGAUAUUCGGUGUUUCGCUAACGGACGUUGGGUGUUGUAGAGAGAACGUGUCAUUUGUGGAUCUUCUCAUGUCCAGUUGUGCUCGUGUCUGGUGUUGCAAUGUAAAGUCGCACAUGAAAACAUUCACUCGGGUAUCGAUAAAACUUGUUUUCAGUGUUCAAGCGUGGAAAUCUUAUAACCUCAAGUGUGUAUUUAGAUGGUGUUUAUUCAUUGCGAAAAAUCUCAUCAAGCUAAAGGGGAGCAAAAACGAUUACCAUUCUUGCGACCAUGACAGUUUUAUAAGACUGUUGAUCAGACUUCUUAGCGUGUGUGUGUGUGUGUUUUUUUUUUUAAGUGAUGGUCUGUCAGUGCUAGAGAAAGCACACUACUGUAUCAUGAUUUAGUCACUGUGCCUUAUUAUGGGGGCAGACAAUCCUUACACUUAUACAAGGAGCCUCCUUAUAAAUAACACGAGUCAUUAAACUCUUCUGUUUGAUUGAUGGACAAAAUGUCUGUACUUGCAUUUACGAAAUGCAUCAACUGUAAUAGGAUUUUGAUGACACUGUUGUUAGUAAAUUAUGUUUGCAUCAUACUUUUAUUUGUGCAUGUGUAAGCUACUGUAGUGUUGUUUUAUUGUCAACAUAAGCAAACUCACGCUGCGUCCUGCUAAUAGUGGUUUUCCAUUCACUUAAGAAUCAAGUAAUGGAGCAUGAAAUGAAAAUGUAUGAUUUCAACAUUACCUCAGUAUUAAGCUAAAACCUCUUAGAGGGCAUCAAAAGCCAGUUUGUAAUACAUCUGUUUUACAAACACAUGCCCGAAAAAUCUGUACAUACAUUGAGAAUAAUGAGUAUUAAAGUAUUAUAUUUACUCAUCCUCAUGUCUCUUUAAACUCGUCUUGCUUCUGUUUAACUAAAGCGUCUAAGGAUCUCAGUGGAUGGAUCGAACAACACAAAUGAUGUUAAGCAGAAUGUUCACACUUUCUUUUCCAUACAAUAUAAACUAAAUGAUUAUUAGGAACACCAUACUAAUACUGUGUUUGACCCCCUUUCGCCUUCAGAACUGCUUUAAUUUUUACGUGGCAUUGAUUCAACAAGGUUAUGGGAGCAUUCUUUAGAAAUGUUGGCCCAUAUUGAUAGGAUAGCAUCUUGCAAUUGCUGGAAAUUUGUGGGAUGCACAUCCAGGGCACGAAGCUCCCGUUCCUCCACAUCCCAAAGAUGCUCUAUUGGGUUGAGAUCUGGUGACUGUGGGGGCCAUUUUAGUACAGUGAACUCAUUGUCAUGUUCAAGAAACCAAUUUGAAAUGAUUCAAGCUUUGUGACAUGGUGCAUUAUCCUGCUGGAAGUAGCCAUUAGAGGAUGAGUACAUGGUGGUCAUAAAGAAAUGGACAUGGUCAGAAACAAUGCUCAGGUAGGCCGUGGCAUUUAAACGAUGCCCAAUUGGCACUAAGGGGCCUAAAGUGUGCCAAGAAAACAUCCCCCACACCAUUACCCCAACACCAGGAGCCUGCACAGUGCUAACAAGGCAUGAUGAAUCCAUAUUCUCAUUAUGUUUACGCCAAAUUCUGACUCCAGAAAUCGAGACUCAUCAGAUCAGCCAACAUUUUUCAGUCUUCAUCUGUCCGAUUUUGGUGAGCUCGUGCAAAUUCUAGCCUCUUUUUCCUAUUUGUAGUGGAGAUGAGUGGUACCCGGUGGGGUCUUCUGCUGUUGUAGCCCAUCCGCCUCAAGGUUGUGCGUGUUGUGGCUUCACAAAUGCUUUUCUGCAUACCUCGAUUGUAACGAGUGGUUAUUUCAGUCAAAGUUGCUCUUCUAUCACCUUAAAUCAGUCGGCUCAUUCUCCUCUGACCUUUAGCAUAAACAAGGCAUUUGCCCCCACAGGACUGCUGCAUACUGGAUGCUUUUCCCUUUUCAUACCACUCUUUGUAAACCCUAGAAAUUUAGGUUGUGUGUGUGAAAAUCUCAGUUACUGAGCAGAUUGUGAAAUACUCAGACCGGCCCGUCUGGCACCAACAACCAUGCCACGCUCAAAAUUGCUUAAAUCACCUUUCUUUCCCAUUCUGACAUUCAGUUUGGACUUCAGGAGAUUGUCUUGACCUGGACCACACCCCUAAAUGCAUUGAAGCAACUGCCAUGUGAUUGGUUGAUUAGAUAAUUGCAGUAAUGAGAAAUUUAACAGGUGUUCCUAAUAAUCCUUUAGGUGAGUGAAUGUGACCCUGGACCACAAAACCAUAAGUCAUAAGUAACACAUGUAUAUUAGUAGCAAAGAUCAUGUUCCAUGAAGAUAUCUUUUUUUAAAUUUUCUAUCAUAAAUAUAUUAAAACUUUAUUUAUCAUUAGAAAUAAGGACAAAUUAUGACAACUUUAAAGAUUUUCUCAAUAUAUAUAUUUUUUUUGGCACCUUCAAAUUCCAGAUUUUCAAAUAGUUGUAUCUUGGUCAAAUAUUGCUAUCCUUACAAACCAUACACCAAUUGAAAGCCAUUAAUUAAGCUUUAAGAUGAUCUGUAAAUCUCAAUUUCAAAAAUUGACUCUUAUGACUGUUUUUUGUGGUCCAGGGUCACAUAUGCGAGUGGGAAUGGAUAAACAUAGCCCAUGAAAAGCCAAAAAUUUUCUUUUUUGUGGCCAAAAUUUGAAUAGCUUGCAUACCGCAUACAAUAUCUCUGAAAUCUUGAAUGUGUAGAAAGUAUACAAACUACUAACUUUAUACUGUACUUUCAUAAAAAUCUUUAUGCUAUUGUUUGACAAUGUCAUUGUAUGGAAAGGAGCAGCUUGAACAUUCUUUCAAAGAUCUUUUAGAUAAAGGGAAUAAAGUCAUAUAAGUUUAAAAUGACAUGGGAAUGAGGAAAUGACAGAAUUUAAAUUUUUGGGGAAAACAUUACUUUUACACUUACACUUCGUGCUAUUUAUACGCAUCCUCAGGAGACUGGGUAGGAAAUACAGUACUGUGCAAAUGAUUACAAUCAUAGAAGUGGCCAACUCAUGUUUCUUCAUUUUAGUUAUAAUAGUCAUCAAUAGUAUUUCUCUCAAUAGUCUCAAUGUUUUGCACAGUACUGUAUAUUAACAAUUGUUGGUUGUACAUUUUGCAUAUAAAAGCCCUAGAGUAUGAAAUGUCUUAUUUUGUUUGAAUGAGAUGUUCAUGUUUAAUCUUGAUGCAUUCAUAGCGCAUGUCCGAGUCAAAAGCUACUUUUUAAAAAUACCUGCAUAGUAUUUUUGACGGCUUGAAUGUUCCUUGCCAAACUGCAUUUCAUUCGGAGUAGUUUUGUGGGUAAGAUCCCAAUCUUGUCUGCUUGAUGUAUAAAUGUUUCUCAAAUAUCA